AUGCAACGUCCUAAACAGUAUCACUUGGAUGCUGCACUUAGAGUAGUGAGAUACAUCAAAGGCUCACCUGGACUAGGUGUCUUUCUCAAAAGAGGUCCUAUCUCUCAUCUCUUUGCCUACUGUGAUUCUGAUUGGGCAGCAUACCCAAAUACACGUAGGUCGAUCACUGGAUACGUUAUAAAACCGGGGGACUCUUUGCUAUCUUGGAAGUCCAAGAAGCAGCAAACUAUAAGUCGUAGCUCAACUGAAGCUGAAUAUAGAAGUCUUGCAGCAGUAGCAGCUGAGGUUACUUGGAUAGUUGGCCUAUUACAAGAAUUGAAUGUUGCAUUGAAUCAACCAGUUUAUCUUUAUUGUGAUAGCAAAGCUACUCUCCAAAUUGCAUCAAAUCCUAUCUUUCAUGAAAGAACAAAACAUAUCGAGAUAGAUUGCCACUUUGUUCGGGAGAAAAUAAAAAAAUGGACUGCUCGCACCUCAUCAUGUUUCAACAAAGCUUCAGUUGGCUGA